CAUGUAAUCAUGUCCUAACAUUCGCAACAAUUAUGUUUCUUUUCAAGUCCUGAAAAGAACAUGUUACUCUCCCCAAUAGGCGUCGCCGGCGCCGCAAACUCGCCAUGCCGCUCGCCACGCUGCUCGGCCACCUCGCCGCCGGCCGCUUCGGCCUCGUGCAGGCGCUCACCGGCGCCGCGACCGCGGCGGCCGCGCACCGACUCCUCCACCUCCUCCUCCGCACAGCGCCGCCGCCUCCCCUCCCGGACCUCGUCUCCCUCGCGCGGUGGUCGCGCGCCCACUUCCGCGCGCCGCUCCCGCUCCGGCUCCACGGGCUCCUCCUCGCCCGCCUCGCCUCCAAGGGGCUCUACCCCCUCCUCCGCUCCGAGCUCCACGUCCUCGCCGCGGCGCGCCUCCACUCCCCCGCAUCCAUCCUCCGCGCUCUCCCCUCCCCGUCCGCGUCCGCGUCCGCAUCCACGCCGCUCAUCGCCGACAUGCUCGUCCUCGCCCUCGCCAGGGCAUCCCAGCCCCUCAGGGCGUACGACGCGUUCCUCCUCGCCGGGGAGAGCCACCCGCGGCACCGCCCCUCCACCUCCUCCGUGAACGCCCUUCUCGCCGGCCUCGUCGGCGCCAAGCGGGUCGACCUCGCCGAGAAGGCGUUCAGGAGCGCGCUGCGGCGGCGCGUGUCACCGGACAUCUACACCUUCAACACCGUCAUCUCCGGCCUCUGCAGGAUCGGCCAGCUCCGCAAAGCCGGCGAUGUCGCCAAGGACAUCAAGGCAUGGGGUCUGGCUCCCUCUGUGGCCACCUACAAUAGCCUCAUCGAUGGGUACUGCAAGAAGGGUGGAGCUGGGAACAUGUACCAUGUCGACAUGCUUUUGAAGGAGAUGGUCGAAGCCGGGAUCUCACCGACUGCAGUUACAUUUGGUGUGUUGAUCAAUGGGUAUUGCAAGAACUCGAAUACUGCGGCCGCAGUGAGAGUCUUCGAGGAGAUGAAGCAGCAGGGGAUCGCUGCGAGUGUCGUGACGUAUAAUUCGCUAAUUUCAGGUCUCUGCAGUGAGGGUAAGGUGGAGGAAGGGGUGAAGCUGAUGGAGGAGAUGGAGGAUUUGGGGCUGUCACCCAAUGAAAUCACCUUUGGCUGUGUUCUGAAAGGGUUUUGUAAGAAGGGAAUGAUGGCAGAUGCCAAUGAUUGGAUUGAUGGUAUGACAGAGAGGAAUGUGGAACCUGAUGUGGUUAUUUACAAUAUCUUGAUCGAUGUGUAUCGCCGUCUUGGAAAAAUGGAGGAUGCAAUGGCGGUGAAGGAGGCAAUGGCAAAGAAGGGGAUCAGUCCCAAUGUCACAACAUAUAAUUGCUUGAUAACAGGGUUUAGCCGCAGUGGGGAUUGGAGGAGUGCUUCUGGCCUUCUGGAUGAGAUGAAGGAGAAAGGUAUUGAAGCAGACGUCGUCACUUACAAUGUGCUUAUUGGUGCUUUGUGCUGCAAAGGUGAGGUACGGAAAGCUGUAAAGCUCUUGGAUGAAAUGUCGGAAGUUGGAUUGGAACCAAACCAUCUGACCUACAAUACCAUAAUACAGGGGUUCUGUGAUAAGGGUAACAUUAAGUCUGCCUAUGAAAUUAGAACCAGGAUGGAAAAAUGUCGGAAACGGGCAAAUGUGGUUACGUACAAUGUGUUCAUCAAGUAUUUCUGCCAGAUAGGGAAGAUGGAUGAAGCUAAUGAUCUACUCAAUGAGAUGUUGGACAAAUGUCUAGUUCCAAACGGGAUCACUUAUGAAACGAUAAAAGAGGGGAUGAUGGAAAAAGGCUAUACACCAGAUAUUAGAGGGUGCACUGUCUCACAAGCUUCUGAAAACCCAGCAUCAUCCUGAGAAGUAUGGAAUCUAUGACCUUCAUCAAGCAAGCAUUCGCAAUUGGAAGUAAAUGAAACAAUGCUGGCAAACUGGAGUACCUGAUUGUGCUCAUAAUGGAGAUGGUCAGCUAGUAUUCACCAUGGCUUUUGAAGAUGGGCCUGGCCCCUUGAUUCUGGCCAAUUGAGCAUCUAGUCUAGGUAAGACUAACGUACCAAAGUAACUGCAGAUAGUUAACGGUCUCUUGUGUAAAUUUCUUAUCCCAUCUAUUGUUAAUGCCCAUACAAAUGACAGAAGAGAUUGCAAUCUCAGCAAUAGCAAUGUCCUCACCUGUUACGAAUGGAUUAGAGUUAACAUCUCUGUACGAAUGAUUCGAAAAAAAAACAGCUUAUAUGAAAUAUUGAAAUGCAA